AUGAAGGAGGUGAUUAGAAUGAAGGAACCUAAGGGGCUGGAGAACCAUAUUGCCGCAGUCCUACGAAUGGAAUCGAGUGCUUUUUGUAAAGUGGUGAGCGAAGCAACCAAGAAGGGGGCAGUGACGCAACCGAAACCCUUUACAAACCCACUGAAGUCAUCUUCCGGGUACAACUCACAGAGAUCAAGUUCGGAGGCUGCAACCAAAUACAAUUCAGGUCAACAGUCGAAUACAAGCACUGCGGUAACUAAGAAAGAUCAGAGUAUUCAGAGCAGCUCUACAGAUACUCGUCCUCGAAUGAAAUAUUCGAAGGAAGAGUUAGAUAGGAUGCAAAGGGAGUUCAUUUGUUUCAAGUGUGGGGCAAAUGGGUGGACUCGAGCCCAUAAAUGUCCUAAUCAAGAGCUGCGAAUUCUUAUGGUAACCAAUGGAUGGGAACUGGAAGUGUUAGAUGAUCAGGAAAGAGAUGACAUUGAGCUGACGGAAUCAUCUAAAUCUCGAGAGUUGAUGACAUUAUCACUCAAUUCAUUCUUGGGUCGUCAUUCACCAAAGACAACCAAACUCUAUGGCAAGAUUGCUAACCUUGAGGUGAUCGUGAUGCUAGACAGUGGGGCUUCACAUAACUUCAUCACGCCAAAAGUGGUCCAGCGUCUGAAGCUGCAGAUUUGUGCUGAAACAAGCUUCGACAUUCAGCUAGGAAACGGUGUCACAGUACAGAGUUCAGGGGUGUGUGCUGAUGUUCAGUUUCAACUAGCAAAUGCAGAGUUCACAUCGGACUUCAUCACGUUGGAAUUACGGAUGGUGGAUGUUAUUUUAGGAAUUCAAUGGCUUGAGACUUUAGGAAAAUGCGAGGUGGAUUGGAAGGCGCAGGAACUGUCCUUUGUUCAUAAUGGGAACAAAGUGACACUGUUCGGGGAUCCAACACUCCAUUGUUCCAAACUCUCGAUGAAGUCAUUGGCUCCUAUCUCAACUACUGAUGUUAAAGGAAGAGUAGAGCUUUAUACAUCAGCAAGUGAGGUAACAUUACCCAUUCCGUGUAUUCCGUUGACGUUGGCGAAACUCUUGGAAUCCUUUGAUCAUGUAUUUGCCCUCCCUACGGGUCUACCUCCCUUUAGAGGCAUUGAUCACGCAAUAAAUUUGCAACCAGGAGUUUCCGCCAUCUCCGUGAGACCAUACCGUUACCCACACGCAACAAAGGUGAUUAUGGAAAAGAUGGUGAAUGAAAUGUUGGAAUCAGGAAUCAUCAGAAUCAGUACAAGUCCGUUCUCAAGUCCGGUCUUGUUGGUCAAAAAAAAGAUGGAACUUGGAGAUUCUGUAUUGAUUACAGAGCGCUGA